AUGGAAGAAAUUCGUAUAUCCAAUAAGUCGACAACGUUAAUUAGCCAAAUUAUCAUGCAAGAUACAUUACAAUUAAUAUGGCCUAGAAAUAAGCUAAGGCCUUGCCAUGUCGUCUUAACUCAGAAUCAAAUGUGUAUUAAAGUAUCCGAUAGUGGCCCUCCAGCAUCACUACUAGGUGAUGAUGGCGUAAUACAACUAAAAGAUGUUAUUGGCUGUAAAGUAUCAAGAGGUACAUCGACGAAACGCCGUGAUCGUGGUGGCUAUUUGACCUUAUUUUGGUAUCCAAUGCGCAAGAAAAAGAUUGGUUCCGCUUGUAAGAGAAUUUCUAUUCCAGUCUAUUUACGUGUUGCCCAAUCGAAGGAAGUAGAAGACAACAUCAAGAUUGCAGAUCAAUGGCAUGCAGCCAUUAUAUGCGCUUUGCGUGGUAUCAAGUAUCAACCAGAUCUAGGAUCAAAAUCUUGCCCAGCACCACGAAAAUUGUUGGUUUUUAUUAACCCUUGUAGUGGAUCUGGUAAAGCUAGUAAAAUUUUCAACGGCAAAUCAAAAGAUAUUUUAAAUGAAGCGGAUAUAUUAUGCGAAGUUGUAACUACAGAACGAGUCGGGCAUGCAAAAGACUAUAUCAUUAAUGCUAAUCUUUCCAAAUGGGAUGGUAUAUUAGUUGUAUCCGGAGACGGAUUGAUUUAUGAAGUUAUAAAUGGACUAAAUGAGCGGCAGGAUUGGGAUACCGUAAGACAUAUGCCUAUUGGUAUUUUACCUGCAGGAUCAGGGAAUGCACUCUAUGCGUCCAUUAUGAAAUUUUCAGGAGAGCCAAAUGAUAUCGUCAGUGCCACCUUUAUCAUUGCAAAAUAUUCAACUCGUCCGUUGGAUUUGAUGCAUUUACAGUCGAAAAAAAACAAUUUUCUAGCCUUUCUAUCUAUAGGAUGGGGAAUGAUUGCUGAUAUUGACAUCAAGUCAGAAAAGUUUCAUUUUCUUGGUUCUAAUCGCUUUACUGUAGAAGCAGUUUCCAUGAUUGCUAAACGAAAGGUCUAUCGAGGCAAAAUAUCUUACUUACCUUGUGACAAGGAGCCUGAAGAAACUCGAGAAUCUCAAUGGACGAAUAAUGGCAAUGUCAGUGAACGUUCUGCUGUUAUGGAUGAAACAUUUAACUUUCACAACGAUGAUGAUAUGAAUGUUACACAAUUGGAUGCCAACCAUCAACAAUCUGCUAUUCUGACAGUUGGCGAUGAUUCAAAUCCUAUACCAUCACUUGAUAAACCUCUACCGAAUCAAUGGAAAGUAAUUGAUCAGGAUUUCAUUACAGUUGUCAUCGGUAAUUUGCCUUAUUUAUCGACGGAUUUCCUAUUUGCACCGCCAUCAAGACUAGAUGAUGGCAAGGCAUAUAUUGUGGCAGUCAGUGAUAAAGUUAAUCGUAAAGGAUUAACUAAAAUACUCUUAUCAACCAAGAAUGGACAAUACAUUGAAUCGCCUGAUGUUCAGUUAAUACCAUGCAAAGCAUUUCGUCUUGUACCAGAAACUGAAGGUGGAUAUUUAACCGUAGAUGGUGAAGUAGUGGAUUAUGGCCCAAUUCAGGGUACCGUUGAAAAAGGUGGACUGCAAGUAUUUUGUUUAUAA